AUGUCGAAUCACAACAAUCGCCAGCUUCUCCCUCCCCUCGGCCAAGAGCCGGGGUCCCCACGACCCAUCGAGCAGCUUCAUCCCGUAUUGCUCGGCAUCGUCGAGCGUAUGGGUAUGUUGCCCCUCGAAAGCAGAGAAUCCAUGACGCAGGGAGAAAUAGCCACCGCAGUUUCACUCGCGAUAGCCAUGCUGCCGGUUGGUGAACAAGCGUACAUCACGUCGCGCAUCAUGACCUACGACGAAAUCGCCGAGGAAAAACCCCCAAGCCCGCGGGUUCAAGACUUGGAGCACCCCAUCCCCCUAUCUGGGAGCGAAAUCUGGCUUUCGCUGCAAGGCUCCCCAAAGCCAGAGCACGAAGAAAGCGAAGUCAAAGAGGAAGACCGCUGCGUCGCGUGCUAUUCCAAAAGCGAGGCUUCUCUCCCGUGCGGCUGUCGCUACUGCGGCCACUGCUACCGAAAGAGCAUCCGCAUCGGCCUCCGCUCCGAACUGGAUUUCCCACCAAGCUGUUGCGGCAUUCCCUUCGACGAGGCCACGAUCCGUCUGGCCAAGCGCCCAGCGCUGGUUUGGCUGUUCUGCCAACUGCGGGCUGAGUACGACGUGGAACCCGGGGAGCGGCUGUACUGCCAUGACCCACGCUGCUCGUCUUUCAUCCCGCCGAGGGUCAUCCAGCCUGCCGCCCGGGAUGAAGACAAUGCCACGCCUGUGGGAACAUGCCUGGCGUGUCACAAGACGACGUGUGCUACUUGUGGCAGUAGAUCACAUCGGGGCUUGCCGUGCCGAGAGGAGGAGGAGGAUGACGAUGCGUUGUUGGAUAUGAUGGACAGCCAGGGGCUCGUGGGCUGCCCCAAGACCCCUUUCUUCUUCUUCUUCUUCUUCUUCUUCUUCUUCUUCUUCUUCUUCUUCUUCUUCUUCUUCUUCUUCUUCUUCUUCUUCUUCUUCUUCCUCUUCCUCUUCCUUUGUUCCCAAAACCUAUGGGCUAACCACCAGUUUCCAUGCCAUAGCUGUCUUUGCGGUGCUGAAUUCUGCUACAUCUGCGGUCACGAGUGGUCAGGCGGCUGCAGAUGCCCCGAUUAUAACGGCUUCAGCCAGCGCGUGCCUGUGCGACAACGGCCAGGCCGCCGGCCCAUCUUGCGCGGUGGAAGAGCACACCUAGUCAGCGACACUGACAGGGUUCCGAAGAUACCUCAGCUGCGAUAUGAGCCGGAAGACGAAGUCGCUCUAGCGGCGGCCGAUUACGCCCCUAUCAACGCUUCUGUUGAGCAACAAUGA